CUGGCGUGCACGGUGGUGGCCAUCCUGCUGCAGUUUUUGCACCUGAGCGCCGUGGGGUGGGCGCUGCUGGAGGCGCUGCACCUGUACCGGCGCCGCACCGAACCCCGGCACGUCGACCGCGGGCCCAUGCGCUUCUACCACGUGCUGGGCUGGGGGCUGCCCGCCUUCAUCACCGGGCUGGCGGUGGGGCUGGACCCCGAGGGCUACGGGAACCCUGACUUCUGCUGGCUCUCCAUCCAUGACAGCCUGGUGUGGAGCCUGGCGGGGCCCAGCGCCUGCGCCGUGGCGGCCGGCGUCUUCUUCCUCGUGCUGGCAGCCAGGGCAUCCUGUGCCACCCCCCAGGGCUUCGAGAAGAAGGGCACGAGCUCUGGGCUGCAGACAGCGCUUGUGGUGCUGGUGCUGCCCAGCCUGGCCUGGCUGCUCGCCCUGCUCGCCGUCAACAGCGAUGCCAUCCUCUUCCACUACCUCUUCGCCAUCUCCAACUGCCUCCAGGGCCCCCUCUUCUUCCUGGUGUGCGUGGUGCUGAGCCGGGAGGUGCGGCACUGCCUGCGCUCCGCCUGCGCCCGCACCCACGGCCCCGACCCCGCCUUGGCCACCAAAUCCACGCUGACCACCGCGUACAGCUGUGACACCACGUACGUGGCCGGGCGGCUCUACCAGGCGCCCUGCGGGGACUCCACGGGAUCGCUGCACAGCGCGGCCAAGAGCCAGCACAGCUACAUCCCCUUCGUGCGCAG